AGUGAGUGAGUGAGAGUGAGUAGGAGGGAGGGCGGCAGUCAGAAACAAGCAAACUAAUUCCCACCGAAGAACAGACAGUCGUGCCAGAGCAGGAGCUGCAGUUAGUUCACACCACAGUCGCUUUUUAUACAACAAGAACAACAACAAACCAUUCUUCUCCGUUAGUGUAUUCUUUUUUUUUCUUUUUUUUUUCCUCCCUCGACUCCAGGUACGAAGUAGGAACACAGUUUCCAUUUUGGAUAAGGGGCGCUGCUGCACACAAACGCACCCACAGUUCUCCAGAGCCGCGACAACUCAAGGUGAAUGCCGUCAUGCCAUUUGGGUGCCUUGCCCUGCGAGAUGGGCGGACGUACGAUAGCAUAUCUGAUGUCACCGAUAAAUAUGAGAUUGGACAGGUGCUCAGAGCGAAGGAGUUCUGUGAGCUGUGCCUGGCUAAGGAAAGACAAACAGACAAGGUGUUUGUCUGUAAGAAAUUCCUCAAGAAGGACGGCAGGAAAGUCCGCAAGGCUGCCAAGAACGAAAUCAUGAUCCUGAAAUUGGUCAACCACCCUAACAUCCUACAGCUGAUAGAUACAUUUGAGACCCGGAAAGAAUACUUUAUCAUCCAGGAACUCGCCACAGGAGGAGAUGUAUUUGACUGGAUUUUGGACCAAGGGAAUUACACAGAGAGAGACGCCUCCAAUGUCAUCAGACAAGUGCUGGAGGCUGUGGCGUACUUACACUCCCUUAAUAUAGUUCACAGGAAUCUGAAGCUGGAAAAUCUGAUGUACUACACAGAAAAUAACCACAACAAAGUAGUUCUUCGUGAUUUCUACCUGUCCAGAUUUGAGAAUGGACCCAUCACAGAGCCUUGUGGAACACCAGAGUAUCUGGCUCCUGAAGUGGUGGCUCGUCAUCGUUAUGGACGGCCGGUGGAUUGCUGGGCUGUCGGUGUCAUUAUGUUCAUACUCCUAUCAGGUAACCCUCCUUUUUAUGAUGAGACAGAGGAGGAAAAUACAGAUCUACAUAAUCGCAUCAUCUUCUGUCGCAUUGUUGCUGGUGACUUUGAGUUUGAUUCACCAUACUGGGAUGAUAUUUCACCUGCAGCUAAGGAGCUUGUCUGUCGACUUAUGGAGGUUGACCAGAUGCUGAGAAUCACGGCGCAAGAUGCACUUUGGCAUGAAUGGAUUGCUGGGAAUGGUGCAUCAGAGAAGAACCUAAAGGACGGUGUGUGUGCCCAGUUUGAGAAGAACUUUGCCAAGGCAAAAUGGCGGAAAGCAAUUCGUGUCACCACCUUCAUGCAACGACUAAAGAAUUCAGAAGCGCUGACUGACAGUUCAGCAGAGGUUCAAGGUGGUGAGGAAGCAGGAGAAGGAGAAGGGGGUGUGUCCCAAGGGACAAGUGAUGAGGGGGAUAGAGGAACAAGUGAUGGAGGGGUAACAUCAAGCAGUGUAUCAUUAGAGGUGACUGUAGAAAGCAGGCCAGCAGGUAUGGACCAGGACGAGGAGAAAAGGAAGGAAGGAGAAAAACCGGUGGAGAUAAUGAAUAUAGGCCCAUCUGUAGGGAUUUCCCCAUCAGAAAAUAAGGAGCCUCCUUGUCAGUUGGGUCAAUCAAAUAUAGCCCCUAAACUUGCACAGGAAAAACCUGAGAAGGUUGGUACAAAAAAAGGUUCAGAUGAUGGAACCAGAAAAAUGGCUGCCAAUUUCAGUCAAAAUAAAGUUGCUCCAGAAUCCAAGCCAGCCACUGUGGUGACCGCUGAAUCCACCAAACCUUCAGAUGGGUCCUUGGGCACUACUCUUGACAAAAAACCUUCCAGCUCCCCUGAUCCUGUCAGCAAACGUAAGAUGGCUGCAACACUCCAUGGCCCUUCAACCACAGUCGCUGUUACUGUCCCUGCUGCCACAACAUUCUCACCUGAGACAAGACCUACCAUGCAGAAGGAUGAGACUGAUGGGAGCUGGUGCCAAACCCAAGUUCCAGAGGCAGUGGCAGAGAGAUCAGUGGGGACAGCAGUCACUCCAGUGAUGGCAGCUGGAGCCUCUGGGGUAGAUGUUGGAGUAGGAGUAAGAUUAAGGGGUGACACUAGCCCUGUUGUUAAAAAAGGUGGGGAUUCUAGGAGAACAGACAGAUACAGUGCUGAGUUCAGCAUAGCAAGAGCAGGUCCUACACCGGGACAAGGGUGUUACACAGUUGGCAGCUCAGCUAGUUUGGGUCGGCAUGCCACACCUUACAACCCAGAGGUUGGGACUGUUGGAAUGGGGAUGGCUGGGAGUUAUGGCAGUCCAUACACAUCUCUCUAUACCAGUGGAGGAGUAGGAAUGUACGGCACAGGCCUACCGCAUGGAGGAGGUGGAAGCAGUACCACAAGUGACUGGCAAAUGGACAGUGUAAUUGAGCAGAUAGAAAAGCAAAUGGCUGCUGUGUUGGAGAAGAUUGAAGGAGACAUGCCCUCGCUGCUUGAGCAAAUCAGUGACUGUCCACCUGAACCACCACGGGCCCGGAGCACACACUCCUCACCAGCCACCUCCCGUGCACGCUCCUCAACCACACCUCCACCUCUUCCUACCUCUCCCAGACCUGCACUGCCUUCUCUCCCUCGUCUUACUAUUCCUCCCCCUUCCUAUCCACCUCCUUCUCCACCUACACAAACCUCAGCCCAGGUUGCAGGAGAUCAGGAAGACAGGGAUGGACAGAGAGGAGCUGCCCGCACCAGCCAGUCACCAAGAGCUGGGAUGGGCAGGGGGCUAUGAAAUGAGCAUGCAAAACACAGCAUUUUGAACACUGGAUUUGUAAUUUAAACUUAUUAGUAUAAAAAUUCAGCUCACCUCAAAAUAUCAUGCACUCCUAAGAAUAAAAGUUACCAUGCAGCACUGCUUGGCUUGGCUCUGUGUUCAUAUUGAUAUGACUGGUUUAAAAAGAUCUAUGAAUGAUAUCCAAAAAUUCCCAUGACUGGAGUGUAGGUGGUGCCGUCUACCAUUUUUCUCUGACAGUUGCCAGAGGAGCCAGGUUUUUACAUCUCAAAUUGAACUUGUGUGCAUGAAAAGCUCACCACGCAGCAUCAACUGGCACGGUACAAUUCUCAGAAAGAGCUAGAGAGAAAAGCUGAGAAAGUGUUAUAAUUUAUCCCCUAAAAUUGUAAAUACAUUCAACUGAGCUCCUUAAUCAUAUAGUCUCAUAUUGUAAACUUCCUAAUGUUCUAAUGAUUUUUUGCAUAUCACACCAUUUCACUAUUUUUGUUCACUUCUAUUUAUGUAGCUUUUCAUAUAUAUUAAGCCAUUUAAAUCAUUUGAGGUCCAUGCAGUUGUACAUAAGAAACUUAUUCACCCUGCCUUUCAAAUGGCUGAACAUUUGUUGAAUUAUGCUGUGUAUUUUUUUUUUUUUUUUUUUUUUUUUUUUUUUUACUUUAGCUGUCAUUUAGAGUUGUGUACAAUGGUCCAGCGUUUUGGCAAGCUGGAGAAAAAUAUAUUUAAUGCAAGAUAAUGUAAAAAGCUUUGCAAAAACACAAACAAGCACAAACACCAACACCAGUGUACACCCAUGCAUUUUCUCUUGAGGUCUCCAAAAAUACUUCCUUUAGAUCUGUCUUUGCUUUCCUCAAUUUUGUAAACACUAAUUUCUGCUGCUAAUCAGGCAGUGCAGCCUAUUUGCUCCCGUUCAGCUUCAAGCCUGUAAAAAAGGUCUGUCUGAGUUUUAUUCUGCUUUUGGAUCUAUGUUGUUCCACGUUCUCUGUUGUUUCCUCAAACAAGUCUCUACAUCCACUUUUUGUCCCUAUGUAAAAUGUGCUAUGUUUGCAAGUCUUUCAAUAAAAGGGAAAAAAGAA